CAGUGCCACUUGGAGCCAUGAAUUGUAUUAGUUUGAACUAUCAUGGGCCUGGAAACCCACAUGCAAUUAGACACUUUCGAGAUUUGUUGAAAGCUUAAGCUCCUCAUGUAGUUUUUCUCGCAAAAAGAAAACUAAAUAUCGAAAGUAUGGAAGCUCUUCUUUAUAGGAGUGGUUUUCUUCAUGGUAUUGAUGUUUGUUAACAAAGGUCAAGUGGUGGUCGUUUCCUUUACUAGAUAACUUAUAGGAUUCUUUGGCCAACUGAAUGAGCAUCGACUUCAUGAAUCAUGGGCACUACUGGAUUUACUAGAUCUGAAUUGAUGAUUUAAUUGAGCUGUUGUGGUCUUUCGAUAAGAAUAGAGAUUAUCUACAAAACCCUAACAGCGUGUUUGGUUCAGUGUAAUAGGUAAUCCAUUACGCCCCGAUUACGCGCCUAUUACAUUACCCACCUAUUCCGGCGUUUGGCUCGCUGUAAUCGCACGUUUGAAAUCCACUGCUUCAUUUUUUCUCUCAUCGGCGUUUGGUUUUUGAAUCUUUUGAGGUAUGAAUCUUGAACGAUUACCCUAUUACACUGCUUUCAUUGUGCUGCUGCUGAUUUUGGUUGAGCAAUUGUUUCGUCGCUCUCCCAAAUGAGCGUCGCCAUCUCGAGCACCAGCAACACGCCAAGGAACAUGGUCAUCACUGAUCCCCGCCCAGGAAGCCAUCAUAUGGUAAAAGUACCACUGAGAAAGAAGAAAUCUGAUGCUCGUGAUAUGUCUUCUUCAUUUGAUGAGGCUGCCACUUUAUUGGCCGAAAACAUCAAGGCCGUUGGCGAUCAAAUCAGUAGAAGUAUUGCCUCCGAGGUGGUAGUUCAGCAGAAGUCAGAAGAAUAUCAAAAGAUGAAAGAGAAAGCUUCAAAAUUAUAUUCAACCUUAUGGGAAAUUGAAGGUUUAACCGACGAUCAGCGGUAUCGAGCUUUGAGUAAAAUUCCAGAUCAUCCAACUCAAAUGAUCGUUUUCUUUAGUUUACCUUCUGUUGCGCGAUUGGAAUGGAUCAGAAGAUUUCUUUCUAACCAUUAAAAAUCAAUGUUCAAACUUUUUGAUGUUGUCAAACUAUACAACAUAUGGAUUAUGAUGUAGAAUUUCAUUUUCAUCUAACCUUUUCUUAAUAUAAGUUAAUUAUGUUUAUGCAGAGUAUAA